AUCAUCACACAGAGAAUCUCAGCCUCGCACUCCACACCAAACACGGCGAACAGCACUUUUAACUGCACUUUAAAUAAACAUGGGCGUCUUCUUCUCUAACCUUUGGACGCGUCUGUUUGAGAAAAAGGAGAUGAGGCUGCUUAUGGUUGGUCUGGAUGCAGCAGGGAAAACUACAGUCCUCUACAAACUCAAACUGGGUGAAGUUGUCACAACUAUUCCAACUUUAGGAUUUAAUGUGGAGACGGUGGAAUAUAAAAACAUCUCGUUCACUGUGUGGGAGGUCGGUGGUCAGGAUAUUAUCAGACGCCUCUGGAGACACUAUUAUCAGAACACCAAGGGUCUGAUCUUCGUGGUGGACAGCAGUGAUCGGGACAGGAUUGAAACGGCAGCAGAGGAGCUGAAGAUGAUGCUGGCGGAGGACGAGAUGAGAGACGCUGUUUUACUAGUUCUGGCUAACAAGCAGGAUUUACCCAAAGCCAUGGCGGCCCACGAGCUCACAGAAAGACUGGGUUUACAUGCACUAAGAGGAAGACAGUGGUUUGUUCAGUCCACAUGUGCAGUUCAGGGAUCGGGUUUAUACGAAGGACUCGACUGGCUCACAGAUCAACUCUCCAAACGAUAAUCCUGGAAGAACUGAAGAAAACACAGCAAAUCCCCUCUGAAUGUAGCCUUAGUACUGCAGGACAUCUUUAGGACUGCUUUAUUUUUAUUCUCAAUAUUAUUCUACAUCUUAAGAUAUCACUCUGUCUCUGUAUAAUUAACUUGACCUCUGUAGACUUUUUUUUUUGUAAUAAUCUUUGACUGUUUUUAAAACUAAGAUUGCCUGAUAUGCUUUUGUAUUAUGUUUAAUAAAUGUAUAUAUAUUUAUUUACAAAAUUA